ACUCAUCUUGCCUUGUGCUUAACUCCACAAUAACUGGGAGUCGCGUGUAGGUGUGUGCCCACUUGCAAUACCUUUCGAGAGAGAUACAUGGCCGAAUCAAGGCCGGUCCAAAGUCGCAACAAGAAACAGGCUCUAGGAAAUAUCACCGUCGAAAAGGCUUUUGACUUGGGAGAAGAGGAAGAGGUCAUCCACCGACAGCUCGGGUUCAGGCCGACAAAUGUCCACUCGAUCGCAGCUCGAGCGAUGACAGGAGAGCCUACGGUGUUGCGGCUGUAUCCACUGGCGGUCUCACUGAAGGGUGCGCGGGCCCGUAAUGCCGAGCGACAACCCUUCCCGACGAUGUACUGGCUCUCGUGCCCAUCUCUGAAGGCGGCUGUGUCGCAACUGGAGAACCAAGGCCUCAUCCUUGAAUGGGAGCGAAGAUUGCAGGCUGACCCAGGAAUCAUGGCAGACAUGGAAGCUGCCCAUAAGAGCUACGCCGAGGAACGGUGGUCGUUGCUUUCUGCAGAAGACGUGGAUACCAUCAAGCGGCAAGGGUGGGAGAAGUCUUUCUCCAACGGAGUGGCAGGCAUAGUUCAGCCCCGCCAUAUCAAGUGCCUCCACACCCACUUCGCUCAUUUUUUGGCAACGGGCCGCAACGUAGUCGGGAAGUGGACUCAAGAGGCUCUGGAUGCUGGGAAACACUUGCCGGUGGCAAAAGACGGCUGAGUGGAUCCUAUCGCAUUUAUCACCCCGUUGUGAUCUGAACCAUUGGUUUGCCGUAAUCAGUAAUCAGCCAUGCAUACGAGAACGCAUGAAUGCCGACUCGACGGUAACACGGGGUCAACACGUGUAUCGCGAUGCCCCGGGUCGUGUACCUGCAUGCCGACACAUUGCCCCCGUCGUCGUGGAGGUACACGAUCCGGGGUAUCGCGUUACACGUGUUGACUCCUCUCCUAGGGCCAAGCACCUCGUAACUGAUCAUAGGCUGGCAGAUGAACUUUUUUUUGCAGACAUUAUGCAGCGUCCUCUCCUCCCGCUGUUAUUUUUUUUUCACAUCUAUUCUAUGCUUGAAUGUCGCAUACGACAUAAGAGAACACACCCUGGACCAAUGUUCAAAGCUCGAUUUUUUUACAGCAGAGAGAGUCGCAGCGAGGAAAACGGCGGCGUUGAAGCCGUCUGGUCGAGAGCCCUCCGAAAACGUAUCGUUUCGUUUAUGCAUCCUCUUCGUCGUGGAGUGAUCGAGCUUUGAAAAUCGGUCCAGGGGGUGUGUUACCUUGUGUCAUAUACGGUAGUGGUAGGCCUGUCCUGUCCUCAACGUCUUGCGUGCAAAGGGAACCCCCCCCCGUUUGCGUUCUCAAACCUCGAGCGCAGCGCACCGAGAUUAAGCAGCUUGAGAAUGGCCGCACUGACGGCAACGGUUUGCCAUGGAACCAUGUCUUGUCAGAUGUUUCUCACUGAGCGGGCCUGUGCUGUUUUGGCCUUGCUUUGUUCUAGAAGUUCCCUCUGGUGAACUUUGAGUUUGUUCUUGGCGCGUGUGUGGUCAGCAGCGGCCUUUCUGCGUAGCCCAGCUUGCUGAAUUAACACACACGCACAUAAGUACGUCGCCAGAAUACUUGCUUUGGCGACUAGUUGACGCAUAGCAUACGGUUGGACCUUGCCUUGAGUACGUUUCGUACAACCACGAGAUAACGCCAGUCAGAUAUCACCUGCCCAAGGGGUCUUGUCAUCUGAUUGUUUGGCACGUGAGGAUCCAGGAUACGCGUUCAAGUGUGUUUCGGUCGGUUUGUUUUGCUCGGAUGGUGCAGCCCCCGGGCGGCCCCCAUCCCCUUACUUUGUGUUCCUUGCGGUCUGUUGCGACCAAAUAAGGUACAUUUUCCGUUGAUUUUUUCCCUCUGGCAACUCC